GAAAGAGAAAGAGACAGGUAGCAAGAUUUUACAUCGUAAUAGCUCUGCAAGCUUAUCUGCAGAUCUACUGACUGACACAAAGGACGUCUUCAAGGAACAUUUGAUUUAUGUUUUUACGUCCACCUAUUUUCCAAGAUUGUGACCCACAAUGGCGGACACAAAGCCGACAGGAGAGAGUUUUUCUUCUGCUAACGAGUCCUACUCCGACAGAGGCAAAAUGUCCAGCUAUUCUGAUUGCAUAAGAGUACUACUCGGACUCCUGGCCGAAUUUGGAAGAGAGCUCAGGAUAGGUGACAGCGCUUUGAGGGUGGAAGUCAACAUGGACGAUUUGAGCCCUCAGUCGUCGGACGCUGCUCACGCUUAUGACUGUCUACAGCGGCACAUCACUAAGCUACAGGCCAUAUCAGAGAGCCUUAAAACUCUGUCGGAGUCUCAAAGUCACGUAUCAGCAGAACCUGAGACGAGUGACGCACUGUCCUCGCCUGCCCUAAGAGACUUGACUUGGCUGCCGCCCCUCCCCGACGCGGAUGCGAGCGUCAUGGUACAGAUCCGUGCCAGUAAGACUGAGAUCGAGCGCAGGAUAUCUGCAUUUAUGGCGCGCAAGCAGAUGGAGAUCAAUGAAAACAACGUGCGCGAGUUCUGCAACGUGAUCGACUGCAAUCAGGAGGACAGCUGUGCUAGAACAGACGCCGUGUUCACGCCGUUCCCCGGAUUUAAAAGCCACGUGAAAGUCACGCGAGUGGUGAACACGCAUGGUCCUCAAACCUGCACCGGAGGCCAAGGAGAAACUGGGGAUCAGGCACGAGGCCCGGCGACGCACGGCUGUGGGAACCCAGCCAUCGAGGAGCGACUCAACAACAUCGAGUCGCACCUGAAACUCCCGACAGGCCCUGUUCCUGUGAGCGUCUACCAGAGGCUAAAGAAGCUGGAGGACCGAAUCCUCCAAUUGGAAGGACUUUCGCCAGAAUAUUUCCAAUCUACGAACCUCCCACACAAGAAACCCAAGACGUCACCUGCUCAGGCAUGCAGUCUUACCGAGCUGGAUGAGAAGAUUAGUGCGAUGAAGGCGGCAUUGCUGAAGAAGGCCAGUGAAUUUGGGCCCGCAUAUGGGUCUGAGUACCCGCUUUGACAUGAUCUGAGGUGACUGCAAAGUUAGCUGUAAUGCCCCCCUUGUGUAAGUAAAAGUAGAUUUUGAACUUAAAA